AUGGAGGAAACUUUGAUUAGAGAAGGGAGAUCUUUGGCUGAAACACCAACAUGGGCUGUUGCAACAACCAUCACUUUCAUGGUUUUUGCUUGUUUGUUGGUUCAAAGAUCGAUUUACAGAUUUGGGAGGUGGUUGAAGAAGACAAGGAGGAAGGCUCUGUUGGCUUCUUUAGAGAAGAUCAAAGAAGAGCUUAUGCUUCUUGGACUCAUAUCUUUAUUAUUGGGACAAUGGGCAAGGGUGAUUUCACAGAUCUGUGUCGAUUCCUCGCUAUUCAGCAGUAAAUUCUUCCUUUGCUCCAAAGAAGAUUUCGAGAUGGGAAAGUUUACUGUUUUCUCAAGAUUAUCGUCUUUUUCAAAUGAGACUGAUAUACCUCCCGAAGGGCUUAAUGUUCACCCUCAUCAUCAGUGUGGUGAGGGACGAGAACCUUUUGUUUCUUAUGAAGGUCUUGAGCAGCUUCACCGUUUCUUGUUUGUUCUCGGGAUCACUCAUGUUCUCUAUAGUUGUGUGUCUGUCGGUUUGGCGAUGAUCAAGAUAUACAGCUGGAGGAAAUGGGAAUACCAAGCAAGCCUCUUGGCAGCUGAAAACUUGCAAGCAAGGAAGACCAAGAUCAUGAGGCGCCAAACUACUUUCAUUCAACAUCACGCAUCUCAUCCAUGGAGCAGGAGCCGGAUUCUCAUUUGGAUGCUUUGCUUUCUACGACAAUUCAAAAGUCCAAUGGAGAAGUCGGAUUACUUGGCUUUGCGGUUGGGUUUCAUCACCACUCACAACUUGCCGUUUUCUUAUAAUUUCCACAAUUAUAUGGUCCGAAGCAUGGAAGAUGAAUUCUAUGAGAUCGUGGGAAUCAGCUGGCUGCUUUGGGCUUAUGCCAUACUGUGCAUCUUCGUAAACAUUCACGGUCUUAACGUUUACUUCUGGAUUUCUUUUGUCCCUGCCAUCCUAGCAUUGUUGGUCGGGACAAAACUUCAGCAUGUGGUCUCCUUGUUAGCACUUGAAAUAGUGGAGCCAAGGGGGCCGUCCGUCGGAGGAACGCAAGUGAAGCCACGCGACGAGCUUUUCUGGUUCGGUAAACCCGAAAUAUUGUUGCGGUUGAUACAGUUUAUCUCGUUUCAGAAUGCCUUUGAGAUGGCAACAUUCAUCUGGUCUGUGUGGGGAUUCAAACAGCGGGAUUGUUUCAUGAAGAACCAUGCGAUGAUAGUUAUUAGGCUGACUUGUGGGGUUCUUGUUCAGUUUUGGUGUAGCUAUAGCACCGUGCCUCUGAAUGUCAUCGUCACACAGAUGGGUUCUCGGUGUAAGAAAGCUCUGAUUGCAGAAAGCGUUCGGGAUUCUCUUCACAGUUGGUGCAAACGAGUAAAAGAAAGAUCGAAAACGCUUCACUCAGUUGCCACAAGAUCAACAUGUUCUCUGGGAUCGACCAUUGACGAAGGCGAUGAAGCGAUUACGGUCGCUUCAGGGACUUUAUCGCAAUCGUCUUCCACCGGCACGCUGAAUCAGAUGGAUGAUAACCGCGAUUCCAACGAUCACGACAAGGGCAUUUUCGGAAACACGGAUCGUUUGCGGGGUCAAGAACUUUCUUUCCGGAUGUCAGAAUAUCUGUCGGAUACCAUGAGACAUGUACCCCAAAAUGAGGACAUUGAAGAAGAUGAAGCUAAAGUUGAAACCCUUCAAGAUUUGUUUCAAAAGACAUGAAGAAAUGGUAUGGAACUUGAAGAUGUAUAAUUGAUAUUGUAUCCAUUGUAGCAGGUAUAGCGAAAAUAAGAGCAUAUCGUUGAUUCGGUACCUUAUGAAACGUUUCCAGGAUGUCGUAGGAUGGUACGUUGGGACGUUUCAAAAGGUGCCGUUACAACAUUUUCAACAGAUAAUUUAUAGUUUUUGUAAAAUAG